AUGCGUUUUACUUGCUUUGAAUGUCCACUGUGCUUAUCGCAAUUUGCCGAUGAGGUUGAUUCGGAUAAGGAUGGGAAGCCGGUGGUGGACGGGGGACGAUUGGUUUGUGUAUGGUGCGCCGGGGAUAGCACAAAACCUGCUCACAUCGUAAUCGAACAGAUGCAGAAGCGAUGCUUUCAGAAAACCGACGAGGGUUGGGAGGCCAUUGGAAAAGUUCCAAUCUUGUGCUGCCAUCAAUGCCAAGCACCCUUCAGAAAGGAUGAAGAAUUUUCGAUUUCCGCCGGUCAAAGAUGGCUCCGCUGCGCUGCGUGCGGAAAGCAUGCCAAAAGCGUCAAUAAUACGAAGGAAAAACGCGUAUCCGACUCGUUUCGAAACAUUGAGUAUCUGCCCAUGUACAAAAAGAUCGACGAGUGUUUGCUGGAUUGGAUGGGAAAAUUUCAAGAGUCAGUAAUACAGCACAAUGAGGCAAAGUGGAAGAAGCUGGCGCAACGACAUCCGACUGCGAUAGUUGCGAUCGGAUCUGGGAGCAAAAUGACAUGUUUGUAUGCAAAGACUGCCAGCGGUUCAUCUGCCCACUAUGCUGUC